CAUUUUCUGAAGUGUUUCUAGCAAGUAAAACGUAAACGGGUUGUUCAAGUAUUUUUAGGGUUAGGCCUGUGAAGUUGUAGACAUUUACAGACACUCCCUCAUCUUCUCCACUCUUCGUCUUUCUCUCUCCUCCGGCGACAUCUCUGCUUUCCUCAGAGGGAAGCACCCAGGUGAUCGAUAUGUCAACUUUUGCGAAACCAGAAAAUGCUUUAAAGCGAGCUGAAGAGCUCAUUAAUGUUGGUCAGAAGCAAGAUGCCUUGCAAGCACUUCACGACCUUAUUACCUCCAAGAGGUACAGAGCAUGGCAGAAGAUGUUGGAAAAGAUCAUGUUUAAAUACAUUGAACUUUGUGUCGACAUGAGGAAGGGCAGGUAUGCAAAAGAUGGUUUAAUCCAAUACCGCAUUGUGUGCCAACAAGUGAAUGUGAACUCCUUGGAGGAAGUAAUUAAGCAUUUCAUGCACCUUUCUACUGAGAGGGCUGAAGUUGCUCGUAAUCAAGCUGAAGCACUAGAAGAAGCGCUUGAUGUUGAUGAUUUAGAAGCCGAUAAGCGGCCUGAAGACCUCAUGCUAAGCUAUGUUAGUGGAGAAAAAGGGAAAGAUAGGUCUGACCGUGAACUUGUUACACCAUGGUUCAAAUUUUUGUGGGAGACAUAUCGAACCGUUUUGGAAAUAUUACGUAAUAAUUCAAAGUUGGAGAAUUUGUAUGCGAUGACAGCACAUCGCGCUUUCCAGUUUUGCAAGCAAUACAAACGUACCACAGAAUUUCGUAGACUCUGUGAAAUAAUUCGGAACCAUCUGGCAAAUCUGAAUAAAUACAAAGACCAACGAGAUAGGCCUGAUCUGACUGCUCCGGAAAGCUUGCAAUUGUACCUUGACACAAGAUUUGAGCAAUUAAAGAUUGCCACUGAACUUGAACUUUGGCAGGAAGCUUUUCGCUCGGUUGAAGAUAUCCAUGGUUUGAUGUGUAUGGUUAAGAAGACUCCCAAGCCUUCCUUGAUGGUUGUUUACUAUGCCAAACUCACUGAAAUAUUUUGGAUUUCUGGAAGCCAUCUGUAUCAUGCAUAUGCUUGGCUCAAGCUUUUUUUGCUUCAAAAGAAUUUCAACAAGAACUUAAGCCAGAAGGAUCUGCAGACGAUAGCAUCAUCUGUGGUUUUGGCGGCACUUUCAGUUCCUCCUUAUGACCAUACACGUGGUGCAUCUCAUUUGGAACUUGAGAAUGAGAAAGAGCGAAAUAUGAGAAUGGCCAAUCUCAUUAAUUUUAAUCUUGAUCCAAAGCCAGAGAGCAGAGAAGUGCUCUCACGCUCAGCUCUUCUUCUGGAACUGGUCUCCAAAGGUGUUAUGUCUUGUGUUCUUCCGGAAGUGAAAGACCUUUAUCAUCUUCUAGAGCACGAGUUUCUCCCCUUAGAUUUGUCUAUAAAAGUGCAGCCCUUGUUGAACAAAAUUUCUAAGCUUGGAGGAAAACUCGCUUCAGCUUCUUCUGUUCCAGAAGUGCAAUUGUCAAAGUAUGUUAUAGCAUUGGAAAAGUUAGCAACCCUGAGAUUGCUACAGCAGGCUUCUCAAGUUUAUCAGACAAUGACCAUUGAGAGUUUGUCCCAGAUGAUACCAUUUUUUGAUUUUUCAACUGUGGAAAAGAUCUCUGUAGAUGCUGUUAAACACAAGUUUUUAACAAUGAAGGUUGACCACAUGAAUGGGGCUGUUUCAUUUAGUAUUCUGGAUCUUGAAUCUGACAACUUGAGGAAUCACCUCACAGUGCUUGCUGAGUCUUUGAAGAAAGCAAGGUCCAUGAUAUAUCCUCCUCUAAAUAAGGCAUCAAAGAUCGGUGAUACUCUGCCUGGUUUAGCUGAGGUUGUGGAGAAGGAACACAAGAAGCUUCUUGCUCGUAAAACAAUCAUUGAACAGCGAAAAGAAGAACAAGAACGCCAGCUUUUAGAGAAGGAACGAGAGGAAGAGUUGAAGAGACAACAGCAGCAGAAAACUAAUGAGGAAGCUGAACAGAAAAGGCUUGCUAGUGAGUACGAGAAGAGAAAAAUUCAACGGAUUCAAAAGGAAAUCGAGGAGCGUGAGUUGGAAGAAGCAAAAGCUCUACUUCAGGAAAAGUUUGGCAAAAAACAAAAGAAACCAAUCAUAGAAGGGGAUAAGUUGACAAAGCAAGCAUUGAUGGAGCUGGCUCUCAAUGAGCAGCUGAAGGAGAAGCAAGAAAUGGAGAAAAAAUUGCAGAAGCUGGGUAAGCAGAUGGACUAUCUGGAGAGAGCUAAAAGAGAGGAGGCAGCUCCCUUGAUUGAAGCCGCAUAUCAACAACGCUUGGUGGAGGAACAGCUUCUGCAUGAACGUGAGCAACAGCUUGAGGUUGAGCUCAGCAGGCAACGUCAUGAUGGUGAUCUUCAGGAAAAGAAUAGACUGGCUCGUGUAAUGGAAAACAAGAAAAUUUUCCAAGAAAAAGUGAUGAGCCGUCGCCAAAGUGAAUUUGAAAGAUUGAGGCAGGAAAGGGAGGAACAUAUCCAGCAAAUUCGUCAGGCACGUAGACAAGAAAGGGAAGCCAAGCGGAAGAUGAUUUUCUAUCUGAGGUCAGAAGAGGAAAGACUGAACAGGCUGCGCGAAGAAGAAGAAUCACGAAAGCGUGAAGAGGCUGAGAGGAAAAGAAAGGAAGAAGCUGAGCGUAAAGCCAAGCUGGACGAGAUUGCAGAGAGGCAACGGCAAAGAGAGCGGGAACUUGAUGAGAAAGAAAGGCUGAGAAAACAACAGAUCCUUGCUGGUGAUCCUGCUACCCGAUCUUCCGAGACACCUGCUAGGCUUCAGCCAGAGGCUGUACCUGUUGCUGCUCCAGCAGCUGCAGCAGCUGCAGCAGCAGCGGCAGCUGUUCCCACUCCUGGUGCUCCAGCACCUGGAAAAUAUGUUCCUCGACACUUGCGUGAGAAAACUGUUGAAGCCCCUAUCUCCAGCCAGGCCCCAGCUUCAGAGUCUGACCGAUGGGGAAGAAGGGAUGAUCGCCCACCGGCUGAUAAGUGGCGAAGCGAUGAUCGCCGAUCUUUCGGCUCUGGUCCUGAUGAUCGCCGUAGUUUUGGUAGUAGUGGUUCAAGGUCCACUUGGUCAUCAUCUCGUGUUCCCCCUCGCGGUUCUUAAGCUCUCUUCGCAUUGCCGCUUCAAUUUGGCAUUCCAGAGGGCGCUUGGUUUUGUUCCCCUGUAAACUUUGUGGCUACUCUUAGAAUAAUGUGACAUCUUUCAAUUUUGGUUUCAAUGUUCGUAUUUAUGUUGCUAUAAGGUCAUGAAUAGAGUAAGAGGGAUGUUGUGACUCUCCGGAAUGUAUUUUCAUUGAAAUUGCGAUAGCAUCAUUCUCACAAGAGUUGAAAAUCCUAGGGUUGGCAGACUAUAUUUUGUACUACAAGAUGCACAUUUUCUAAUUUAUUGCAACCCAGCCACAUGUGGUUAGGUUUUCGAAA